AUGUCAACAACACGCUUCGUCAACAAGCUCGUCGGCCAGCGAGUGCUGCUCGUCGGCGGAACGGGAGGUGUCGGCAUCAGCGUCGCCCAGGCCCUCGUCGAGUCCGGCGCCGUCGUCAUUCUCUCUUCGUCACGAGAACAAAAGGUCAAGGACGUCUGUACCGCCUUGGCCAACGACUACCCUCAAGCCAAAGACCGGAUCUCUGGGUACGCCUGUGACCUCGCCAGUGCCAAUGUCGAAGCCAACAUCCGAGACCUCUUCGGUAAAGUCGGCGAGAUUGACCACAUCGUCUACAUGGCCGGUGAUCGACUACCGAUGAUCCCCCUCGAGGAAGUCACGCUGGAGAAGUGGCAAAAGUGCAAUCAAGUCCGGACCAUCUCUUCAAUCUUGGUCGCCAAGAUCGGGUCGAGAUAUUUGAAAAAGGACCGACAUUCGUCCAUCGUCUUUACCGGUGGAAGCAUCUCUGAAAAACCAAUCGCCGGGGGUUGGUCCAUGUUGGCGCUCAUCGGUGCCGGGGUGAAUGGACUAGCGAGGCAGCUCGCAUUCGACCUCGCUCCGAUCCGAGUGAACGCUGUGGCUCCGGGAGUGAUCGAGACGGAUCUGUGGCAGGGGAUGGGCGAGGAAGGGAAGAAGGCCUUUUUUCAGGGUCAUGAGAGUAGAAUCCCUACUGGAAAAGUUGGACAGCCCGAAGAUCUGGCAGAAGCUUACCUCUAUUGUUUGAAGGAUACCAAUGCGACGGGAAUCGUGGUACAUUCCAACAGUGGAACGUUUUUGAUGUAGUAGGACGAGCUAUCGAGGUAUCGAUGUCAGGAAGUGGAACGGCGGUCGUUGGUCAAUGACGAAAGUGAGAUGGCAUGAAGUAAUGAUGAACG